AUGGAGAAAGUCGAUGUUCUCAUCUGCGGCAGCGGGUCUGCCGGUCUUUGCGCUGCCACCUGGCUCGCCAAGUAUGGGGUAAGAUGCAAGGUACUAGAACGACGGAGUGGUCCCAUGAAGAUGGGUCAAGCCGACGGUGUGCAAUGUCGCACGGUGGAGAUCUUCGAAAGUUUUGGAAUUGGGGAAGAGCUUCUUCGUGAGGCCUACCACGUUCUAGAAGUCAAUUUCUGGGCCGACAAUGGCACAGGCACCAUCAAGCGGACAGGGCGAACGGCGGAUACUCAGCCAGGUCUAUCACACCAACCUCAUGUUAUUCUGAACCAGGCACGUAUCAAUGGACUCCUCAUCGAGCUGAUGCAGAAAUAUAAUGACCAACAAAUCGACUAUGGCUACAAUGUGACCGAUGUCAAAGUUAAUAGCAACUCUGCCGAGGAUCACGAUGCCUAUCCGGUCAAAGUCACAGCGGAAAAGGACGGAGAAAUACAAGUUUUUGCAGCUAAAUAUGCGCUAGCUUGUGAUGGGGCACACAGCAUUGUCCGCAAAGCCCUCGGGUACAAAAUGAUUGGCGACAGCAGCGAUGCCGUCUGGGGUGUGAUGGACAUGGUGCCCAGAACAAAUUUCCCGGACAUUCGCAAGAAGUCUACCAUUCGCUCAAAAUCAGGAAAUGUGUUGAUUAUUCCCCGCGAAGGAGAUAGCGACAAUCUGACAAGGUUCUAUAUUGAACUAGCCCCAGGAACCAACCCGAAAGAGGUGACUCUGGAAAAUUUGCAGGCUCAAGCACAGAGCAUCUUCUACCCUUACAAGGUAGACUUUGUGGAAACAGUCUGGUGGUCGGCGUAUGCGAUUGGCCAGCGUCAUGCCGACUUCUUCCAUAAGGAUAACCGGGUCUUCCUCGCUGGUGACGCUUGUCAUACCCACUCCCCAAAAGCCGGCCAGGGUAUGAACGUCAGUUUACAAGAUGGCUAUAACAUUGGCUGGAAGCUUGGGGAGGUUUUGAGCGGUCUGGCGAGCCCGUCGCUUCUGGAGACCUACGUCCUAGAACGUCAAAAGGUGGCCAUUGAUCUGAUUGAAUUUGACCGUUAUUUCUCUAAGUUGUUUUCUUCCGGCGCCUCAACCUCUCCUGCUGAGUUUCAAGAAGGCUUCAUCAAGUCUGGAAAAUACACCGCAGGCUUAACGGCCAAGUAUGAGGUCUCGCCCAUUACCUCUGCAUUGGAAUCGGCCGAGCUCGCCUCUAACGUGACCGUUGGGAUGCGACUACCCAGCGCGCAGGUUGUGAGAUUCUGUGACUCUAAACCUCUACAUCUUAUGAAGUCUCUCAAAUCCGAUGGCCGGUGGCGUAUCAUGGUCUUCAUGGGUGACCUGACUGUACCAGAAAGCCACUCAAAGCUUAACAAGCUGGGAGAAUACUUGAGCGCGGCCGACGGGCCCACCCACACAUUCACCCCCAAAAACCAAGAUAUUGACAGCCUUAUAGAAGCCAUCUUGAUCGGGCAUGGAAAGCGUCAUGCCGUUGAGUUGGAGCAGAUCCCCGAGUGCUUCUAUCCAGUCUCUGGAAAAACCCAAACAAGAGGUGCAGUUGCUUUAAUAUUCAAUUGCUCCACUAUUUCUAACCUGGAGUAUUUAGAUCUACACAAAAUAUAUUACGAUGAUGAGAGUUACAAUGACGGGCAUGGCCGUGCAUACGAAUAUCUCGGCAUUGACCCAGCGCAAGGUGCUCUCAUCAUUGUUCGGCCAGAUCAAUAUGUGUCUGCCAUUAUAGGUCUAAGCGAUUAUCCUGAAAUCGGCAAGUUCUUUGCUGGGUUCCUUAAAAAUCAAACGGGCACGGAUUCCGGUUGUCAGCCAUCCGGGCCAGUUGGCAGCAGAUUAUAA